AGCAGCUAGCUUGCACCCCUCCCGUCUCCUCUGUCGGAAGCAGAUCCUCCUCCAGCCUCCUUAAACUGUGUUCACCGCCACUCAAACGACAUUUUGGGGGUUCGGUCUGUAGUCCUGCGUCCUCACACCCCUCAUAUCUCAGUGUGUGUUUCGGAGGAUAUUUAUUUUCUAUCGGAGUGUUUUGGGACCGAACACAUUGAGCUGUGUUUCUGGCUACUUCAGUGGGCGGAUAAAGCGGAGGAGGGCAUCCGGCGGGCCUGGCUGCUCCGGAGAGUCGGCUUGAAACGACGGAAUUCACCAUUUUCAGGCCCUGCACUGCCCUGCCAUGGAAAAGAUGAAGAGGAUUAAGAAGCGUCUGUCCUUAACGCUCCGCUCCAGUCAGACCAUCGACGAGUCCUUGUCCGAACUGGCCGAGCAGAUGACCAUGGAGGACGGCGGCACCAAGGACAACGAGCCCUUCAUGAGGAACGGCCGCCCCCCCACCUCCCACAGCAUGCACUCCUUCCUGCACCAGUACACUGGCUCCUUCAAGAAGCCGCCCCUCCGACGACCACACAGCGUCAUCGGUGGCUCCCUCGGGUCCUUCAUGGCAAUGCCACGCAACGGCAGUCGCCUGGAUAUUGUGCACGAGAAUCUGAAGAUGGGCUCGGACGGGGAGAGCGACCAGGCAUCGGGGACGUCUUCAGACGAGGUGCAAUCUCCGACGGGCGUCUGUCUGAGAAACCGUAUCCACCGGCGGAUCUCUAUGGAGGACCUCAACAAGCGCUUGUCUCUGCCUGCUGACAUCCGAAUUCCCGACGGUUACCUGGAGAAGCUGCAGCUCAGCAGCCCGCCCUUCGACCAGCCGCUCAGCCGACGCUCCCGCCGAGCCUCGCUGUCGGAGAUUGGUUUCGGGAAGUUGGAGACGUACAUAAAGCUGGACAAACUGGGAGAGGGAACUUAUGCCACGGUAUUUAAAGGACGAAGUAAGCUGACAGACAACCUGGUGGCACUGAAGGAAAUCAGGUUGGAGCACGAGGAGGGAGCGCCGUGCACCGCCAUCAGAGAAGUGUCGUUACUGAAGGACCUCAAACACGCCAACAUCGUGACACUCCACGACAUCGUCCACACUGACAAGAGUCUCACGCUCGUCUUCGAGUAUCUGGAUAAGGACCUGAAGCAGUACAUGGAUGACUGUGGGAACAUAAUGAGCAUGCAGAACGUGAAGAUCUUCCUAUUCCAGAUUUUGCGAGGGUUGUCUUAUUGUCACAAGAGGAAAGUUCUCCACAGGGACCUGAAGCCCCAGAAUCUGCUCAUCAACGAGAGAGGGGAACUCAAGCUGGCUGACUUUGGUCUGGCCAGGGCAAAGUCCGUCCCGACUAAAACGUACUCCAACGAGGUGGUGACUCUCUGGUAUCGGCCUCCGGACGUUCUCCUGGGAUCAUCUGAGUAUUCAACUCAGAUUGACAUGUGGGGUGUCGGCUGUAUAUUCUACGAGAUGGCUGCAGGUCGGCCGCUGUUCCCCGGCUCCACUGUGGAGGACGAGCUCCAUCUCAUUUUCAGGUUACUGGGCACACCCACAGAGGAGAACUGGCCGGGAAUCUCCUCCAUUGAAGAGUUUAAAUCCUACAACUUCCCCAAAUACAAGCCACAGCCCCUAAUCAACCACGCUCCCAGGCUGGAUGGUGAAGGCAUCGAGCUGCUGCUGAAUUUCCUUAAAUACGAAUCCAAGAAGAGGAUUUCAGCUGAAGAGGCGAUGAAACACUCCUACUUCAGGCAGCUCGGGAUGAAAGUUCACACACUGUCUGAGGGUGUAUCGAUAUUCACAAUAAAAGAAGUGCAGCUGCAGAGAGACCCUGGCUACAGGAACUCCUCGUACCCAGAGUCAGGUAACGGCAAGAUCAACAGGAGGCAGAGCAUGCUCUUCUAAUGUCUGAUGAAGAGGAUGGCUGACUGUCCAACUUUAUCAUUUCCCAACAACCUCUCGCAUGAGCCCACCUCCCCUCAGAGUGAACCCACCCCCCCUUUACCUGCACACACACACACACACACACACACACACACACACACACACACACACACACACACACACACACACACACACACACACACACACACACACGCACACACCCACACACCCCUCUGAGAGCGAUGGACUCUGGGUUGAUUCUUAAAGGAGACAGUGUUUAUUUAUUGGGGGUUGGGGUGAGGUUGAAUUUUUUGCUGCUAAACUACUACUGUCUGUAUUUAACACACAGUGUGUGUGCGUGUGCAUGUGUGUCUGUGUGCGUAUGCGUGUGUGUGCGUGUGUACAAGAUGUGAACUCGAGACGCCAUGCACAGUUGAGCAGUCAGUAAGGUUACGUUUGUUUUUCUGCUGACAAUUCUCCGGCUUCAUUUGAGUUUAGAAUUCCACUGAUGUUGAUGUCGACGCUGUGAUCCAAGUUGUUGUUCUCGUUUUGGUGCUUGGAGACUGGACGCUUCAGUUUCUUCAAGUUUUUUUUUUUUUUGUUUCCUUUUAUAAAUAUGUAAAUCUAUAUAUAUUUGAAGUUUAUGUUUUUGUUUUUUCUUCGAGCUUCCGUGACUGAACUCUCCAACAUUUCCAGGUUUAAAAAGACUGGGACGAUUUCAUGCUCUCUUUUGAGGGCAAAUCGGUUUCUCUGGAUUCCUUUUUGACUUUUUUUUUUUUUUUCCUGAAAUAUUUCCGUCAGACUGUUCUCCGGACACCCUGCUGUCCUCAGGGGGUUUGAAAUGAUGGUCAGAAAGCACGAGUGUGAGCGGAUCGUGUUAACAGCUGUGAGUCCAAACAAACUGGAAGAACCUAAAGACCAACUUUCAGGUCUUUUUGUCCUUGAUCAGCAACGGGACCAUGGCGAGGAGCAGAACAGUUGGGAUGACGAGUAAAAGCACCAAUGACAGAGGAGGAAAACUGGAGCUGAACAGGAAAUCAUGAGACGCCCCACAGGAAGCCAGCAGGCCUUCCCUAAACCUCUCACCAACUGCCAGGACUUCAAUGCUUUUUGAAAAAAAUAAUGCAAGCUACACUUUCCUGCUCUGUGUGUAUUCAAAGAUCUCACUGCAGUAACUCUUUUUAUUAACUUGCACUUCAGUGUGUGUUUUUUUCUGGAAUCAGGGAUCCGGGCCUCGACACGGCCGAGUUUACCCAUCAGUAUUAAGAUGUGUUCUGUGUCUGUGACCUUUAACCUCUCCUUGUGAAAUAACAGUGUCAUUGUGGCAUGUUUUUCUGAAGCAGGGGGGGGAGAGAUGGGAUCGGGUGUGAUAUUCAAAAGCAUAAAUGGUUAUUUUCCCACUUGGUGUCGAAACCACUGCUCCAGCAUUUGUACACAGGAAGAAAAAAAAAAAAAAGAAAGAUUUCAAAUUGAAAUAUUAGUCUUAACCGCCCGCUGUGUUGUUUGUGACUGACAGUGAUGCUACAGACGAAGGCGGCCGAGAAGUCUCACUUCUGUAAACUGCAUGUUCACAGCGGCAAAUGGAUAGAUCUCUGAAGUUUUAUUUACAGACUUGUUAAAACGUCUGCCCGUGUGCUUUGGAUUCCUGAUUUUAUCAAGUUGCAGAACGUGUUUGUCUUAUUCCUGUUGACUGAACAGAGGUGUGCUCACUCCUCCAGAUAUUUUUGGGCGGCAAAGUGAUAGCAAAAGAUGUUUUAAAUUAUGUAAAGGAAUAUUUUUGACAUUUUCAGAAAAACUGUCUUAUUGGCCUUCUUGUGAAAAACUGGAUGAGAGGAUACAACUCUUACUGAAUGCCUGUGCAGUAAAUAAGCUAUCUCCAGGGGCCUGAUAGCUUAGCUUAGCUUAGCUUAGCACAGCUAUGCCUGAAAGAUAUCAAAUCUGCCAUAACCACCUCUGAAACUAACAAUAAAGCACAUUUUAUCACUUAUGUUUAUUUUUACAGAAUUCUUAAUGCAAAAGUGACACGUUGGGGUUUCUUAAAGGGGCACAUCCUGGACUAUGACUUGGUUGGGCACAGUAACGUCUUCAAGUCUCUAAGACACAAUUGUAUUAUGGCAGCUAAGAAAAAGUCCUGAACUCAACCCCUGUGUUGAUUAGUCAAAUGUUUUGAGGUGCUUUGCAGGCAGAUUUUUUUUAACUUUUAGAUAAAACCAGGCUAGUUGUCAGCUUGGUCUAGUUGUCAUGCUAAGCUAAGUUAAACAGCUCUCAUCAAGUCCUCCUGUUUUAUUUAUUUUUUUACACACAUAAUUGAAUUUCUCAUCCAGAUUUUGUCAAGCAAGGGAAUGAGCUUAUUCGUUUAGAGCCGUACCCUCAUGCUUUAAAGUGCAUGGAAGAGAAAUACAUCAUGGAAAAGGCAGAUAGAGAGCGACUUCUACGCUCACAGUAGCAAAAAAAAAGAAAAAAGUGAGUGCAGUGCGUACGCUUCUGCUCUUAAUAACAUCAGGAAUGCAUUGAACAACCCGGGUUGAACAUGUAAGAAUGUGAGAAGAUUUCUAUCUCAUUUCAGCUCUAUUGUUCCACAUCUACAGGAGAGUUUCAUUUGUGUCAUCCGCUGAGGUUUAAAGGAUUUCAGCAGCACACGAGGUCUGUGUUAAACUACACUGAUCAGGUAGAACAAGCUGAGAGCAUCCAUGUAAUAAACACAGUAAGACUUUAACACAGUUUGAAGCUAAUAGUGGAAUAAUCCUGUUCACAUACUGUGUCACUUAUUAUUCCAGGAGUUGGAAAACAAUGGCAGAAUUAUUUGUAAUGUUGCAUUAAUUGAUUUUAAAAGCUCUGAAUGUGCCCAAAAUUUGGUCGAUUGAAGUUAAAAACAAACUGUCACCUCAGAAAAACAUCAAAUCAGAGGUGUUUAAGAACCCAAAUAAUGAGGAAAUGAUGGUUUUAACGCAAAAAAAAACUCCAUUAUAUUAAUGGAAAACGUCCUGAAUUACAUUUAUUGCCAUUUGAUUUCUCCCAUGGUAGCUUUAAAAGGAGGCGUCCGGUUUCUACCUUUCAUUUUGUACAUCACGUUAAUCUGUCUCCUGCAGGUUUGGAUGCUUCUCUGAAACUUCACCACACAACAACAACAACAACAAAAGAUGACUAUUUUCUACGCAUCAGAUUUAAGGAUGGAGUAUUUUUCAUUCUUAACUUCAAACUGUGUUUCUGCAAGAAGCAGUUUUUGUGACAUGCGUGAAAGGAGAUUUCUGCAACGGCUUAAUAUUUAUCAUUGUAAAACUGUAAAACUUUUCCAGAUGUAUGAAUGACCUGAAUUUAUGUGAACAUGUCUGAGUAUGUGUGUGUGUGUGCCUGUUGCAUGGAAGGCCUGCUGUGUUGUGAAUUCGACCUCUCUGAAACACUGAGCUGCCAGUCAACAGUUGGUGUGUGACUCUUUUUACUGGAACUAUUUAUUUCUCAUAACCAUGGAAAGUAAAUUUAAUCUGUUUCAUAAACUGUGUGUGCAGCAGUCAUUCUCUGGGCGGGGAAAGAGUGUGUGUGUGUGCUUUCAAAAGAACACAGUCACUCGGAAAAGUAAUUAAUUUUAUUCCAAAAACAAUAACAGUUCUCUCAACAUACCAAUAAAACGCAAAAAAAAUCACUGAGAAUAUACUUCCAUUAAUUUCAGUAUAAAAAUAACAGGAGCUAUUUUACAAAAAGAAAAAAGCUGUUGUGCAAUGUUGACCUGUAAAACAUGUUUUAGAGCUCAACACAUUUAAGAAGUCUGACACUAUCAAAGGCACUGCUGGUACUAUACAAGCCUUUAAAGUACAGUGCAUUUAAAAGAAAAAAAAAGUGAAA